UUGAAUGACAUGUCUGUAUCUCAGUCUUCUUUAUGAAAUAUUCUUAAUCAUUUGAAAAAUGAUACACGAACUUUUGUUGGCAUUAAGUGGAUAUCCUGGAACAAUAUUCACAUGGAACAAAAGGACAGGUUUGCAGGUAUCUCAAGAGCUACCGUUCCUUCACCCAAGUGAAAUAAGUGUGUUAAAUCGUCUCUGUAAACUGGGCUCCGACUACGUGCGAUUCACAGAGUUCAUAGAGCAGCAUACGGGCCAUGUGCAUCAGCAGGAGCACCAUGCCAGCCAGCCAAACCCAACUGGACUCCAUGGGAUCUAUUUACGGGCCUUUUGUACAGGGCUGGAUUCGAUGUUGCAACCAUACCGACAAGCACUUCUCGACUUGGAACAAGAGUUUCUUGGUGAUCCACACCUUUCAAUAUCCCAUGUGAACUAUAUGCUGGACCAGUUUCAGCUACUCUUUCCAUCUGUUAUGGUUGUUGUGGAGACCAUCAAAUCACAGAAGAUCCAUGGUUGUCAGAUCUUGGAGAUGGUGUAUAAGCACAGCUGUGGUGGGCUUCCUCCCGUGCGCAUGGCUUUAGAAAAGAUCCUGGCAGUGUGCCACGGGGUGAUGUACAAGCAGCUGGCGGCGUGGAUGCUGCACGGGCUGCUGCUGGACCAGAGCGAGGAGUUCUUUGUGAAGCAGGGGCCGAGCGCCGGGGGCGGCGCAGGCAACCAGGACGAGGAGGAUGAGGACCUGGGCAUCGGCGGCCUGAGUGGGAAACAGCUGAGGGAGCUGCAGGACCUGAGGCUGAUUGAGGAGGAGAACAUGCUGGCUCCGUCCUUGCAGCAGUUCUCUCUGCGUGUGGAGAUGCUCCCGUCCUACAUCCCCAUCCGCGUGGCAGAGAAGAUCCUGUUUGUCGGCGAGUCUGUGCAGAUGUUUGAGAAGAACAACCAGAGUCCGUCCAGGGCCGGCUCCAUCCUGAAGCAUCAGGAGGAUAUUUUUGCAGCUGACCUCCACAAGCUAAAGCAGCAGCCCCUCUUCAGCCUGGUGGACUUUGAGAACCUCAUAGACAGAAUCCGCAGCACCGUUGCUGAGCAUCUAUGGACAUUAAUGGUGGAAGAAUCAGAUCUCCUUGGUCAGCUGAAGAUCAUUAAGGACUUUUAUCUGCUGGGCCGUGGGGAGCUGUACCAGGUGUUCAUCGACCACGCCCAGCAUAUGCUCAAGACCCCGCCCACUGCAGUCACAGAGCACGAUGUGAACAUGGCGUUCCAGCAGGCUGCUCAUAAGGUGCUGUUGGAUGAUGAUAACCUGUUGCCUCUGCUGCACCUCACCAUCGACUACCAGGGCAAGGACAGCAAAGACACUUCCAGCACGCGUGAGGGCAACACCCCUCCCCAGGAGACGUCCCCACGUGAAGCCCCCUCUAAUGGCUGGGCGGUGCUGGGGCUGGCCUAUAAGGUGCAGUGGCCACUACACAUCCUCUUCACCCCAGCAGUGCUGGAGAAGUAUAAUGUGGUGUUCCGGUACCUGUUAAGUGUGCGUCGGGUCCAGUCAGAGCUACAGCACUGCUGGGCUCUGCAGAUGCAGAGGAAACACCUGAAGUCCAACCAGACCGACGCUGUCAAAUGGAGGCUCCGCAACCACAUGGCUUUCCUGGUGGACAACCUGCAGUACUACCUCCAGGUGGAUGUGCUGGAGUCUCAGUUCUCUCAGCUCCUACAGCAGAUCAACUCUACCCGAGACUUUGAAAGCAUCCGAUUAGCCCACGACCAUUUCCUCAGCAACCUCUUAGCCCAGUCCUUCAUCCUGCUCAAGCCUGUGUUCCACUGUCUAAAUGACAUCCUGGACUUGUGCCAUAACUUCUGUUCUCUGGUCAGCCAAAACGUUGGCCCUUUGGAUGAAAGAGGAGCUGCCCAGCUUGACAUUCUAGUCAAGGGCUUCAGCCGUCAGUCCUUCCUGCUCUUUAAGAUCUUAUCCACAGUGAGGAACCACCAGAUCAACUCUGAUCUGGCCCAACUGCUCCUACGACUCGACUACAACAAAUAUUACACCCAGUCAGGAGGCACGCUGGGCAGUCUGUGAUUGGAAAGCAGAGAUAAGAAACCUGGUCGUCAAGCUGCAGUUACUCAAAUUCCUGAAGAGGUGUACUUUGGUUGUCAUGGUGCUGCUGCCUUUCAGUGUGCAGAAACAAAGACUCCGUCCCUCCGAUCCAUAGCUGUUGGUGUUCAGUACUAGAACCUCACUCUUGAGGCAGGAUAAAACAUUUCCAUUUUCUCCAAG